AUGUACCGAUCAGUGAGCUGGAACCGAUUCUCCGACGAAUACUACUCGCAUUCGGCCCCGUCCUCGAAGCCAGGGCAGUCACUGCGACUAUCGUCGUCGUUUGAUCAUGGGAAUAAUGAACUUCCAACGAACGAUCCGGUGUCGGAAAUGGUGAAGCGAGAGAAAGCGCGAGUGAAGUUUGCUGAAACUGCUGUUCAUGUGAUUCCGUUCGUUUUGCUAAUCUGCGCCAUUGUUCUGUGGUUCUUCUCCAAUCCAGAUGUGGAGAUGAGAGGAGCAACAACAACGGGCAUAAUAAGGAGCCUGACACUCGAAGGAGAAUUUGAGAGUACCCAAACGGAGGCUCUUCCUACUUUCGAUGGACCUUUUUCCGACGCUUCAAGACUUCAUGAUACCAUUUUUAUAUGAUCGGUUCGAUUAGAGUUUAAAUUAACUUUAUUAUAAGCUCAACGAUUUUUGAGCCCAUAAAGUUCAUUCAUUAUAUUUUUAUAUUAGUAUAUACAACAAAGUCAUUUAUUGACUAUCUAUUGUGAUAUACUGGUAUCAUGUUUCAUCCCUCCUCCAUGGACUAAAGUUC